GCUAGGCAGGUCCAGGAGUAUGUGCAGAAGGUGCACAAGAGGACAGUGUGCCCGUGGCUCCAGAGGUGCAUCAGAGAGAUCCUAAGAUUUUGACACAAUGAGGAAACAUCUGGGUGGAUGCUGGUUGGCCAUUGUCUGUGUCCUGCUCUUUAGCCAACUCUCCUCAGUCAAGGCAAGAGGCAUAAAGCACAGAAUCAAGUGGAACCGGAAGGCCUUACCAAGUACCUCCCAGGUCACCGAGGCCCACACUGCAGAAAUCCGUCCAGGGGCGUUCAUCAAGCAAGGCCGAAAGCUGGAUAUCAACUUCGGAGUGGAGGGCAAUAGGUACUAUGAGGCCAACUAUUGGCAGUUUCCUGAUGGUAUCCAUUACAACGGCUGCUCCGAGGCCAAUGUCACCAAGGAAAAAUUUGUCACCAGCUGCAUUAAUGCCACCCAGGCGGCAAAUCAAGAGGAACUGUCCCGUGAGAAACAAGACAACAAGCUUUACCAGCGGGUCCUGUGGCAGCUGAUCAGGGAGCUCUGCUCCAUCAAGCACUGUGACUUUUGGUUGGAAAGGGGAGCAGGACUUCGGGUCACUCUGGACCAGCCCAUGAUGCUCUGCUUGCUGGUUUUCAUUUGGUUUAUUGUGAAAUAAGCUUGCAGGCAGGUUGGCAGCCACAGAGAUCAAUAGGCAAGCAAACCAUAAGCAAGUUAUUCCAGUUCUUCUCCUCUAAUCCCAAACCCCAUGUGUUCUGAAGGUACCAAAGAGCAGUGAUUGUUUCUUCAGCGCUUUAAAUAGUACUCCCAAGU